CCGUCACUCAGCCUCACAGUUUUCGCAAUUCAUACCGCCACAAUCUCGAAUACCUGGUGCAAAUACUCCAAGCUAUCCUACUUAACUCUCCCAAUCCACUCCUCGAAGUUUACAGUGGAGCAAUCAUGGCCUCCAACAACCACAACGACAACCCGUGGGAAGAUCAGCGCAGCCAACAAGGCCCAGGCCACCAGAACCAACCCCCAUACCAAGCAUACCAAGAGCAACCCACAAACCCCUUCUCCCAACAACCAUCUCAGGGUCAAAAUACAACCCCCUGGGGUCAGGAGGCAAGCCAAGGUCUGUCGCAAAACCCAUACAACCCGUCUCAGCAACCCUCUCAACCGUCCUAUCACCAGCAACAGCCAUCUCAACCUUCCUACCCUGGCCAAGAGGAACAACCGCCAGGUCUACCACCUCGCCGCUCAGCCACCGAUGUAGCGCUGCCUACAGGACAGGACCGUUCGCACCAAAUCGAAGUCAUGCAGAGCUAUGAGGCGGCUGGCAGAAAAGAUGAAGCUGAUUUAAAUGUGGAGAUUCUGCAGAGGGAAUUUCCGAAGAUCGAUGGGAGCUUAAUUGCGGCAAUCUAUGGGGAUAGUCAAAGUUUGAGUGCUACGAGGGAGAUGUUACAAGCUUUGGAUGGGGAGUAGACGGACGGUACGUUACUAAGCCUCCCUGUUUCAUGGUCUUCGAGUACAUCUG